CUCUCCAGAAGCCACAUCACCUCAGCAGCUCCGUGGUUUGCUCUGAACUCCCACCGGCCCACAAACAGAAUUCCAAGGGAAAGAACAAGGAAGUGCUUCUAACAUUGAGCACACAAGGCUAUUUGUCUGUGGAAUGAUUCAAAUGGAAUGAAAGUAGGGUUACAUGGGAUAUUGGGAAGAAAUUCCUCUGUGUGAGGGUGCUCAGGCACUGCCACUGACCAGCCCACAUCCCUGGCAAUGUCCAAGGCCAGGCUGGACGGGGCUUGGAGCAACCUGAGAUAGUGGAAGGUGUCCCCGACCAUGUUAAGGAGGGGAAUGGAAUGAGCUUUAUGGUCCCUUCUCACCCAAAACAUUCUGGAUUGCUCAAUUUCCAUUCCCCAUCUUCAUCCCAUAAAACACCAGAAAAAUUCAACUGAAAUUUUUGAUGAAAACAAGCUGUGUUAGAAAACAAACAGGGAUUUCUCUCUGACCCUCAAACACCCACCAGCUCUCCCCUGCAGACCAACAGGGUCUGCCCAAGGAGCUCGACUGGGCUGAUUUCCCUCAAUAUUGUGGUACAUUUGCCCCUAAAAUCAACAUCCUCGGAGUGUGCUACCUGUGCUCUCUCUGCAACAUAACUGGAGCUCACUGCACCUUUUCUAAAAUAUGCAAUUUGAUACCUAGCCAGCCUGUUAAGCAGGCAGGUACCUGGGUGAAAAUCUAUUGGACCUUAAAUGCCGAUGUAUCAUUGGUUGGGAAAGUGAAUGAUAGAAAUUGUAACCAACCACCUGUGUGAGCCCGGGAAAGAUCAAUCACCCUAUCUGAGCGUGCUCACAAAAGAAUAAAAAAGUUUAAGUCUUGUUACAGUGAACUACAAGGGUCGUGGGUUUUGUCUCAGACCCCGCACCCCCCUGGCAGCCCAAGGGGUAAAACAACAGAAACAACUAACCACUGUAGAACCAGUGACCAGCCUACAUGAUUUCAACUUCAGCCAAAACCUGCGAAAAGCAGGGACAGACAAAAUCCGCCCAGCAAGACGAGAAAGGAACUUCUAGCUGCGAGCUAGGGAGAAACGCCCACGAAAAGAGGCGGGAAAUUUUGGCCCAGAGUCAGGUAUGUCCAAGAAACAGGAAGAAGCCCAGAAAAAGAGAGGCAGGAAAUUAUGGCCAAAAGAGCCAAGGAAAAGAUGUCCAAAAGAGACGGGAAGAAAAUUAUUGUCCAGGUAAGAAAUGAGAAUAAAAUCUUAGCUGAGAGCUAUGAAAAACAUGGGAUGAUACAUUUCCACAGAGAAACAUUCAAUCAUCCAGGUAUGGGUUCAAUUUUUGGAUGAGUGGGAGAUACAUUAUGAAGAAGAAUUGCUUUCUGAUUUAAUAUCAUGGACAAAAGGUGAAGAGAUAGAACUAACUAAUGAAACUGUAUUUAAUAUAAAUAAUUGGACUAAAACUGGAGAAGAAAUAUUAAGUGCUGCUUUAAAAGAUGAUAAAAAUGCAAUUAAAGCUUUAAAAACCUGGGAAAUUAUCUUAAAGUUUCUAAAGGAGACAAAAGUCAAUUUAUCUAGCAGCAGCAUGGAAGAAAAUGUACUUAUUCCAUGCAGAGAGACUCCACUGACAAGCAAACCCUUAGUACCCAACUCGGAGACCCCUAAUCCAUCCCAAAUCACCGUGGGGCGGCCCAAGGAAAAACCCCAAGAUGGUGGCGACCUUGUGUCAGGAAAAGAAAAAGCCUGGGAAAAAUCCCAUGAUGGCAGUAACUGCAUGGCCACCAGCGGGAAAAAAGAAACCGAACCUCCCUCGUGGGGUGUGCCUCUGCCCCCUCCAGCCCUGGUGCCUCCUACUCUGACCAUGCCCUGGUGGGAGGUAUCCCCUGCUUCUAUACAGCCUUGGUGGGUGAUUCCCCCAGUCACGGUCCAGCCUCAGAUUAGUGGGGUCCAGCCCCAGUCCAGCCUUUGAAGGGUGUGUCUUCAGCUCGGCAAGAAAACAUGCUUCAGACCGGGAUUACAAUGGGAAACCCCUGCCAACAACUCCCCGAAAGGGAAAUCCGAGAUGAGGUCAUAUCAGAAACGCCCUGCGACACACUGGGAAGCCCACCAGGAAGUAAGCAAACCAGGAAGUAAAAACACCAGAGCUCCGAACUCAGCUUCUGCUUCAAGCAACCGCUUUGAUCCUGCCGUGAUCUCCAAAACCAAGCCUUUGACCACACCUCCAAACCUAUCUACACCUGCAACAGAGAACUGACAAAUCCACUUGGCUUUGCUUCAAAACCUCAGCCACAGCAGAAUGUUUAAAAAAUUCACCAAAGUCAUAGCAAAAGAAAUGGAUCCAAGGAAGGACCUGGUCCCUGUCGAGAGCAUUGCAGACAAUGAGCACUUCAGGCCCCUCUAUCUACUGAAAAAAAAGAGAAAAUCAAAAACCAUAUUCCACCCAUAUCCCUACUACCAGCCAACAGGGCUCAAACUGGAUGAUGUGCUGCUGCCUGGACAAGAUGAUAAAAGCAUAGAGUCCCCCCUUCAAGUUUCCAGACAGAUUAUUAUCACAAAAACCAUUACUGACCAAGGUGAUGGAGGUCUCAGGAUUGCAUUUGACCCUGCAAGUGCAGAUCUGCAAGGAGGUGCCUCCUUGUCCAAGGCGAUUGUUAUCAAGGCACAUAAGAAGAGCAUUUCACUGCAGUCACUGGAGGCACUAAAAAAAGAAAGGAAAAUCAACAUGGAUCAUUCCUUCAUCCAACAACUACUGAGAACAGACAUUGAUCUACACCUGGUCACCGAAAUCCUUGAAGCCUCAGAGCAGACUGUCUACAAGGAAUCCACCAAGGCAGAUGGGGGCUUCAAGGCCACAUUUUAUGCCACAUUCUCUGCAAAGGGCAACAGAGAGAGCAACCAAGACAUAGUCAUACCCGAGGGCUGCACCCUGGCAUUCAAGACCAUCCUACUAGUCAUUAGAAAUGGAGCAUGGAAUAUAGCUCAUUUCCCAAGAGGACACUGCCUACUUCAAAUAGAUCAACCACAGGCAAAAGACGUAGUGAGUGAAGUGGAAUGCCGCUAUCAAAUUUUCUCCAAGUUGUCUCCUGACAUCCUGUUCAUUGUCUUCAACACCAUCAAAGUGGUGAUGAGUGAUAAGAACCUCCUUCAAGAGCUCAGACAGAAAAUGGAAGAUAUUCCUAAGCAAAAUGAUGGGUAUGAGCUGAAAACUGAGAGCCCAGACUUAAAAGACCUGUUCAGCACCUUACAGCAUUCUCCAAGAGAUCGUCUACAUCAGCUGACAGGAGGAAUCACCUACAUCCUUGAUGCUUUGCAUGAGUUAAUGGAUGAACAACUGUGGCUGCUGCUGCAAUCCUUGGAAAGGAAGAUUCUGACCCAACAGCUGAAACUGGUUGAAAACCUCCUGGAUCAAGACCUGGCCUAUACAAGGAGUCCUUUCCAUGUGGAUGCCAGGCUGCUCUCCUUCCCACACAAGGAGGAACAGAUGUUAACCAUGGAACUGGUGGAGCUGAGUGGAGUGCAGCUCCAGGAAGAUGGAUCAGCUGUCCCUAGGGAUAAACCCUUUGAGUCUGUGGCAGCCCUGUUUGCUGCCCUGUAUGCCCUCAACCUCCUGAGUGGCUCCAAGCAGGACACACUGGGCCCUGCCCAGGGAAACCCUCUGUAAAGCAUUGGGAAAUCUCUGCUGCCCAACCAGGUUACUCUCCCAAUAUCACCCUUGUUAAUGCUCAAGGCUGCUUUGGCUGGAAAAGCAGAUUUAAGGCUGGAAAAUUAAUUACUUAUGUUAUUUUAGGCUGGAUAUUAAAGUGGAUUUUUCUGUCUGUCUCCCCCAAGAAUACUGAGGUGCAACAGGAAAAUCCACAAGCUCAAAGAAUCCCAGCCUGCCACCAGUGCCUCAUGUAAUCCGUCUGCCCUCAAAAUACUGCUGCUGCUUCUGCAAUCAAUAAAUGGGAAAGGGAAGGGAAAAGGGAAUGGGAAGGGCAGGGAAAUGCAAAGGAAAAGGGGAAAUGCAAAGAAAACAAAAGCCAAAGGAAAACAUGAGUGGUAAUUCAGGGUGAUUUACUUACCCUGGUUUUCUGUGCUUCAGUGGGGACUGCAUGAACUGCUGGUGCCAGGAAGGUGGGGAAAUCCCAGAGGUUUCACUGCCACCUCCCUGCUCCCAUCUGAGUUGCUUGAGGGACAUCAGCAGCACUUCAGAGCAACACUACAAAUGCUCUCAUUAUCACUUUAUAAAUAAAGAGCAGCUUCUUGCUAAGCAA